CUCUUUCGAAUUCCUUGGUCUUUUUGGUGGGUUCUUCUCUGGGGCCGGCCCACUUGUCCCCGUAAUCAUUUAAAGUGGCACAGCAGUCUGGUGAAAAUAGUUGUCCUCUAGAGACAGUUAAAGAGGGGAUAAUACCUGGAGAGAUCGAUAGAGUUCCAGCACAAUUGUGGGUUGUGAGACCGAAGAGGAGGGAAACAUACGACGAGACCCGUGGGAGCAGGGGAAGGUUGCUCACUACCGCCUGCAUGUAGAGAUUUUUAACUUGGGGUUCGCUCUGAAGACACCAGUGCUGGAGAUAUACCUCUGAAGGACUAUGAUUUCUGGAUUACACCUUUUGCAGAGGUUGUGUUUUUACAGGUGUCCAUCUGACCAAUGACUGUCCUCCUGGUCUCUGGCUUCUUCCUCCUUCUGCUAACCUAUAAACAGGUUGUGAGUCUAGGGGUCCAGCUGGGAAUCUACCAGGACUCUUUCGAUGACCAGUAUGUUGGAUGUGUGGAUAAAAUGGAAUCCCUGGCACCAGAUAUCCUCAAAGAAGAAAGACAGACAAACAAGGAGUUGGAUGCGGCUUGGCUGGACGCCUCUGAAACAUGGCCAACCAAAAAGGCAUUGAUAAAAUCUCUUCCAGCUGGGUUCAAAGACGAGUAUGGGAUUGCCUUGUUAGUCUAUAGCAAUAUGACCAUCACAGUGUACAAACAGUUUAAUCGGGCAGUAAGGGAAUAUGGCACCAAUCCAUCAUCAUCCUUUGCAUUCCACACAUUACAUUUUUAUCUCACCAGAGCCCUAAUUUUGCUCCGUUGCGGAUGUGCUGGGCAGCCAUGGCUCACAUAUCGGGGUUCCAGUAGGAUCAUGUUUGAGCCCCCUCCCAACCCCAGUGACCCAAUCAGACUCAGCCAAUUUGCCUCUUCAUCUACGGACAUCAAAGAGGCGCAGCAAUUCGGCAAUGCAUCCUUCUUCAACAUCACCACAUGCUUUGGGGCCGACAUACAGAACUUCUCCUACUUCCCAUCUCAGAAGGAGGUCCUGAUCCCGGUGGAUGAGGUCUUUUAUGUUACCCGCUACAUCGAGAGGGGCAACGAGUUUGUCUUGCAGUCGUCCAGCAGGAGAUGCAGCUUCUACAAUUGUGCCUAUCUGGGAGGCAUUAAACGGCAGAACUGCACGUACAAUUCAGCCCCAGCAACACCAAAGAACAGAAAUGAAGUCGCAGCGCCCCUGCUGGUCGGGUUUAGCAUUGCCCUCGCAUCAUUUGGCCUGAUUAGCUGAAGUUACAUUUUGGAAUUUGGAGUUAAUAUGAAGAAUUUAAUUUGGACUGAAUAAACAUAUAAUUCCAAGGAAUGAUGACUGUUUAGAGGACAGAUUUUCUACAGGCUGUUCCCAGGAAUGUCACUGUGCAUGCUGAACAGCCCCUCCAUGGCCAUGCGCAUGAAGCCGAAUAGCUGCUGUAUUUAUACAGCAACACUUGCACACCGUCGGAAAA